CACUGCGGCCCCGCCGGUGGCGCCAUCUUACUCGGCCGUGGGACGGGUCACAGGUCAGUGUCCGCGUCUCACGGCGAGUGGAGGAAGACGAAGCGGAGAUCGGGCCGGGCUGCGGCCUUACUGCCCCGACCGGUGGCUUUACCUCGGGACAGCCCAGGAUUCCCCAAGAGGACAAUGGAUUCUGGAACUCGCCCAGUUGGUAGCUGUGGUAGCAGCCCUGCAGGGCUCUCAAGAGAGUACAAACUAGUGAUGCUGGGCGCCGGCGGUGUGGGGAAAAGUGCCAUGACCAUGCAGUUCAUUAGCCACCGAUUCCCAGAAGAUCACGACCCCACCAUUGAAGAUGCUUAUAAAAUCCGGAUCCGUAUUGACGAUGAGCCUGCCAACCUGGACAUUUUGGAUACAGCAGGACAGGCAGAGUUUACAGCCAUGCGAGAUCAGUACAUGAGGGCAGGAGAAGGGUUUAUCAUCUGUUAUUCCAUCACGGAUCGUAGAAGUUUCCAUGAAGUUCGGGAGUUUAAACAGCUUAUUUAUCGAGUUCGACGUACUGAUGAUACACCCGUGGUUCUUGUGGGAAAUAAGUCUGACCUCAAACAGCUAAGGCAGGUCACCAAAGAAGAAGGAUUGGCUUUGGCCCGUGAGUUCAGCUGUCCCUUUUUUGAGACAUCUGCUGCUUACCGCUACUACAUUGAUGAUGUAUUCCAUGCUCUUGUUCGGGAGAUACGUAGGAAAGAAAAGGAGGCAGUACUGGCCAUGGAGAAAAAGUCUAAACCCAAAAGCAGUGUAUGGAAGAGGCUAAAAUCACCGUUCCGGAAGAAGAAAGACUCAGUAACUUGAAGGGAAGAUAUGAAAUAGUUAUCUGUGAACUGCAGUGCUUAAUCAGAACAGUCCAGUAACCUGCAUUAGUGAGCAUGGUGCUUGCUCUUUCUCCUGUUAUGACCGUUAUUUUUUAAAGUAACUGAUGAGGGCCAUGCCUACUAGGAGUUUUCAAUGAUGUGGUAUUUAAAGUAUUGUCUUAGUUAAUUCUGAUUUAUUAACCAAGUGGAGCACUGUCUACUUUUAAAUUGUCACAUUAGAAUCUGAUUUACCAAUGUUUUGAGUUCCAUUGCUGGUAUGAAUGGAUUAGUGUAAAUUGCUUAUACCCAGGGGAAUGUGUAUACCAUGUGUUUAAUUAUGCUCACAAGAGGAAUAUUUUGCUGUGCAAUCAUACUAUCUUUCAACUUCAGUUUCAUGGGACUAUCCCAGAGAAGGACCUCAGCCUUUGUUAUUCACAGUAUCCUUCCAAGAGACAGAAGAAAAAUCGCGCAGGGAGAUUCACUGAGAUCAUUGCUACUGUUCAGGAAAUAACCAUGGAGCUGACUCCUGUUGCAGAUUAUGAAGUAAUGUGACUAGAGGAAAUCAGGCCAUGUGUUUGCAGGGACCUGGCUAGGAAAAAGGAGGACCAGAACAGAAUUCCGUGUGUGCCUGGCUUUUCUAAGAAGUAUACGUUUGACCCAAAGCUCUGGGAUGGGUGAGAACAAGCAGAAGCAUAUAAAAUGCAGUGAGCAUUUCUCCUAUGAGGUUAUUUUAAUCUUCCUUUCAGGGUUUUGCCUUUGUUUACCUGUAAAGGUAAACACUUCGGGAACUGUUAUCGAUUACUGAGCUUUUGUCUCAUCUAAAUUCUUGAUUUGGACAGCCAUUGUCUUGUACAGGUUUUGCCCCUCCCAGAGAUGCACACACCAAGGCAUUUACAUUAAUUGCCUCCUAGUGCUUUCCCUUAGCUUUACUGUGCUCGAGAAGAGCUAGGCCUGGCAAAAUGAUUUUUUGGCCUUCCUCAGACUGACUGCAUUUUCCAUACAGAAAAGACAGCAGGAGCUUGAGUAAAAUUGUGUAGGUGCCUCCUUAACUUCGACAACCACUAGACUCGGAGCUCCAAGAAAGCCUGUGGUACUUCUGUGUAAUGGGUCAGUUUUGAAGCUUUGAAAUUCACAUACACUGAGUUUCCCACUGAAGAUUUCUUUACAAGGGCCUUGCUAAGUUCACCUCAAAUUUAUCUGAGCCUUGAUAAAGCUUAGGCUAAGAGAAUACCGUAUUGCUCCCUGUGCAUAGCGUAACUAUUGACCUAGGAAGAAACCCCCUUAAAUACUGGUGGGGAGUUCUCAGUUUUAGAAUCAGAAUCAGGAUUAUGUUGAUAUCUCAACUUACUGCUAAGAGUAACGUAUUGCGUAUGGAACAUUAAAUGUCGCUAGCAGUGUUUGUGUCCACUUUAAACUCUUUAACAAGAUGACUUUAUGUAGCAACUCUUAAAAAGCGUACAGCUCAACUCCUAUUUUCAACUUUUACUAGAGGCAGAAAGAGAACAAGGUUGUUGUAUUUUUCUUAUAAGUAAUGGUAUAUGUUCUGGGUUUAAAGAAAAAUGACUUCUGUAAUUUUUUUUAGCUCUGAGUAGUCAUCCUUUUUAAAACUCAGAAAUGUUUUUGCUACCAAAUAAAUCAUGUUUUAUGAUGGUCAAGCCACCGUGAAGUGAAAAACCCAGAGUUUGAGUCUGUGCGACAGAAAUUUAUAGAAACCUUAGCACUUUGGAGAAGCAUGAAGGUGGAAAAGUAACAACAGUGCAAUUCUAUUACAACAGUAUUUGACCACAUUUAAACUAGCUUAGAGCCUUUUUGGUUUAAUGCCUUAGCUUCUCAUUACUAAUGACCUAGGAAAUUGUUAUUAGCAUCAAGUAAUAAUAGCUAUAUAAUUAUCCAAGAUAGUCAAGGCAGCAGAGAACAUUGCCAGAAAGAUCUGUAAGACAGGAGAGGAUUUGUAUUGUUCAAAAGAAAAAUAAUAAAUUAGUAUUUUUAAGACUAUCACUGUCAUGUAUUUGACCCUUGGAUUAAUUAGUCCAUUAAUUAGUAUUGAGAAUUCUAUACCUGGUUGGUGCUAGAUACUUUGAGGGGUAUAAUACGUGUAAGUCAUGUCUCUACUCUUAGUGAUCAUACAGUGUAGGUAAUUUAUAAGCUCUAAAUCAGCUUUAUCCCAGUUUGAGGGCAUUAAAAUCGUUUACUGCCUGGAACAUUGAAGAGAAAAAUUCAGGGAAAAGUUGGAAGGCACUGGAACUGUUCAUGUCCGUACCAGAUCAGUAAGUUAUUAAGAUUUCAAGGCUUAAGCUAGUGCCUAGCAUUAGCUGUUUAGAAUUCAGAAGGGCAUAUGUAUUUUAAUUUGGUGAUAUACUAGCAAGAAUUGCUCUACUGUGAUGUUUGGGGGAGGGAGGGAGAAAAAUUUUCCACUUAUGCACUUGUAUAUGAAGACAGUUUAUAUGACACAAUACAAAACUUUUAAACCACUUUGGCUUUUCCUUUACUUACCUAUGAGUGGGGCAGGUGUUUGGACUCCUUAUUCCAAAACGGUUGUUUUAAGGAAAAAAAAAAAAAACCCGUAUGUCA